CGGAGCGGAGCGCGGCGCCAGGCUCGCUGCGCUCGCGCACCCACCAUGGCCUCCCGCAGCGCGGGCACCCUACUGACCGAGUUCAAUGCCGCCUAUGUGCCCCCUGGCCUCAUGCCUGGGUACCAAGGCCACGUCCCCAGUGUGGCCUUCUCCUUUGGCUCUCCCUACGGCACCACCACCCUCAAAUACUUCCAGGACCACCGCAACGCGGCCAUGGAGAAGAGCCACACUCCCUUCAGCCAAGGCGGCCACUUCCCGACACUCUUCUCCACCAACCCCCACCUUCUGCUGAUGCUGCGCACGAGCACCCGGGACCGCUGGCUGCACAAGCCCAGCUACACCCGCUUCAACCUGGACAGCCACCGCUCCACGGAGCUCACGCACUUCUACGAGCAAAGCUGCUCAGACAGUCCAGGAGCAUCGGAAGUACUAUCAAGACAAGACGGGCAUGGUGCCUCGAGUCGCCUCCUUUGUGCUGCCUGUGAGGGAGCCGGAACGGUACCCGCUCCCCACCGUCCUGCCUCCUCUGAGCCCGAAGAAGAAGUGGCACCUUUUAAGACUAGCUCCUGAGAACCUGAAGACCUACCAGACCUUCCCAUCAGGGAAGAGGGUCUCUCCACAAGAGCGACAAAAGAGAGACUGCUACUUCGAGUUCAGAGCAUGAGACCAGGUGCCUGAUGCCUGAGAUCCUGGGCCGUGACCAGCCCAGCUUGCUUGGAAUAAAAUCUUUAGCAUGACCAUCCUUCCCACCUCUCCUCUGGAUCCCAAGGACACUCGGCCACAGUAGAAAAUGCCCCUGAAGGUCACGCAGCUAAGGGCCUGAAGAGAGCUCAGCCCCAGGGACUCAAGCAAAGGAAAAGCAGUGUCCGGCUACCUGGCAGGUCCACCUACCUUCUCCCCGAGGUGGGGCAAGUAGAAUUGAGGAACGUAGGGUUCCCAAGUCUUAGUGGCAGGUCACUAAGGUACAGAGACCUCCCACCUGAUUCAUUGGUAUCAGCAAGGACGCCCAAUUACCCCGAUCUGAGAAUGAAGGGGACGUGGCCCCAGCACAAUUGUGCUGGGUGUGAUUGGAAAGGAAUUUUCAUCGGAGCUCUGAUUUGGCAUUGUUUGGUCCACACAAUCACUUGGGAGGGAGGUGUUAUCUCCUCUUUACCAAUAAGGACACUGAGGUUUGGAGCAGGUGAGAAUGUUGCCCGAGCUCACCCAGCUGGGAAGUAACACAGCCAGAAUUUGAAUCCAGGUCUUUCUGACUCCCAAGUCCCGGUUUUCCCAUGACCGCAGCCUGCCUGUGGUCCACGUGGAGACUGAGGGGCAGGCAGGACACAGACCUGAGGAUCCUGAAGGCCCCUGUGGAGGGGUGAAGCCUGGGAGAAGCUGUGAGCAGCAGGCACCUCCUGCAUUCUGCCCAGGCUGGCUUGGACGGGUGGCUGUGGCAUCUACCCCUGAAGCUGUUUCUAGAAGAGGAUGGGAGGGAAUGACCGAGGACCAGGCCACUCUUCCAGAAAUACCUAUGUUUGGGGGCCCCAGGCCAGAAGUGGAUGCUGGGCAUGGGUGCUGAGGCCGCAGGCCUGGGGUGGUCUUUGAGGUCUGGAGGGUCUGCUCCCACCGGGCUGCUGCUUCUCACAGCCCAGGAGGCUUCUGCCUGCUGGGGCAGGGGCAGGACGUGGGUGAGAGCCCCUCAGUGGCAGGAUUUGGGGUGGGGACCUCAGGCCAAGGUAGAGACCUUCUCCAACAUUCCAGCACGUCUUGGAUUUGGUCACGGGCACUCCAUGAAGUAACAAGGCCCUUAUUGCCCUUGAGUGGGCGAGUCAGGACCUAACGGCAAGGGGAACACAGCCAGGUUCAAGGACGCCUGGGGCUGAAACAGCCCCUCCUCUGUAGCCAGCGAUAGACACCUCCCCCAGGACAGUAUAAGUACAAUAAACCCUAUGAGGGGCUUCUUCUGUGCCUCCAAGUCCCCGAUGAGCUGGGCCCCAAAGACUCUCUGUGGAGGCUGAUUUCAUUCCAGAGCUUGGCUGAAUAGCAAAGCAAAUAAACUCUGAUUGCU